AUGGCUAAACUAUUCCUUAAAGGAGCCAUAGGUCCGCUUCUAGAGGCACCCAAGUCGGGGGCAAUUCAGGAUGGCUGUCUGAAUGAUCUAUAUCACAUCUUUGCCCAUGCAAUGCAGCUAUCCUUAUCGUUAUGGUGUCGCAGAACUCAAAUGACCUGCAACUCUAUGUUCACCGGCAACACAAGGGUUUAUCACCAUACAGAUUCGUCAAUGAUUGUGCAUCGCAUCCAUCGGCUUGAUGAGGGUGAGAACAAAUUAGAUGGCAAAGAGAUUUUAGUUAUCAUUCAACCCGCAGUAGUUGCCUUUGGGAACGACGACGGAGAAAAUUACGACAAGCGAAAGGUUUGGUCACCUGCGAUAGUUCUUGUCAAUGACAAAGAUAAUUAG